GGUCAAAUUAAUAGCUCUCAAGAAGACAGUCGUAGACGGGAGAGGGCCCAAGAGCUUUUAGAACGCCAGGCUCAACGUCAAAGGCAGAGACUAGAACAGCUAUCUAGUCGGCUGCAAGAGCAACAAGUACACAUACCCACCGAGCAACAACCGUUUCAACAAGUUCAACAAGUUCAACAAGUUCAACAAGUUCAACAAGCAAACCAUAGCCAGCCAAUUCAACAUGUGCAUCGUCAGCAUAAUAUUGAUAGACGCUCCCAGGCUUCAAUUAUGCCGUUCAAGCCAGUAUACCAAUUAACUUGUAGAUACUGCACGAGCCAUAUUUGCGCAAGGAGCAUGAAAGCAAUUCUCUUGGCAGAUACUCGUAUUGAACUUUUCAGCACUGAUACUCCUGGACAAGGUAUACAGCUUUUAGAAAAGGAUUAUCUUACUCGUACAUGCCAUUGUCGCAUUCGUGAUGUAGCAUGCCUUGGAUGCGGAAAUGUGGUAGGGUACCAUGUUGUGUCUCCAUGUAGUCCGUGUCUAAGAUCAUGCAACAAUGGUCAUUUUUGGAUGUUCCAUUCAGACGCUUGCAAACCAGUAGAGCGAAAAGAUAAUUCAGGUAUAGCGACUCUACUGUGGAGUAGCUUACCUCGGCCUGACAGAGAUUUUUGUUUCUUACUUGGGGGUACCAUUCCUUACUCCAAAUUGUGCCGAUAGAGUCGAAUAAUAAGAAUAAUACUAUUAUUAUUAUUAUUAUUGUUAU